AUGAUAGAUUUUAACAAACGAUCGUUCUGGAAUUUUACAUUAAAAGAGAUAUUAAGUAUUAUAUCUUCAGUUGCUAUACCCAUAGCUCUUGCUAUCUAUACUGCCAUUGGAUCUCAACAACAAAAACAACAAGCUGAGAAAAAACAAAAGUUUGAUUUUGAACAAUCAACACAAUUAAGACAACAAACACUUUAUGAUGAAUUUUUAAAUAAUAUUUAUAAUUUGGAUAAAGAUGAUUAUCUCAACGAUACAAAAAAUCCAUGGGCAUUCGCAAAUGCGUAUUAUCGUGCUGCUCAUCGUCAAUGGGACACAAUACGUAAAGCAGAUGUUAUACAAUUUUUUAAAGAAAAACAAUUAAUUGGUAGAAAUAAUUGUAGUAAUGGAUGUAGAACAACAAAUCUAGAUGAUAUAAUCCGUUUAAAUGAGUUAAACUUUGAUAAUGUACAUCUAGCAAGUGAAACUGGUGUAUUAAAUAAGUUGAAUUUACAAUGUGUUUCUUUUGAUCAGGUAUCAAUGUCAAAUGGGGAGUUUUCAUCUGUUAAUUUAAAUGGUGUGUCAUUUGAUGGAGGACGAUUAGAUAACGCGAAAUUUGAUGAUUCAUCUUUACUUUGUGCUAGUUUUAAUGGUGCAAAUCUAUCGGGAGCAGAUUUUGGAAACUCUGAUCUAACAGGUGCACAUUUUUCAAACAGUGAUUUGUCAGGAGCUAAAAUAACGGAAGAUCAAAUAAAACAGGCAUCUUUUGAUAAUGUAAUUAUGCCAAACGGCGAGAAGAGCAAAAUUAAAUCAUCAACGACAACAAAAAAACUUAUAGCACAAACAGCAACAAUAAUAAAAACAAAAAUAUCCACAAUAACAUCAGUAUCAUCAUCAUCAACAGCAACAUCAUCAUCAUCAACAACAACAUCAACAUUAUCAACAUCAUCAACAACGUCAUCGUCUUCAACAACGUCGUCGACAACAACAUCCUCAUCAACAGCAACACAAAUAGGUCAGUAA